UCGGGCAGGCCGGGGCUGCCGGGGAUGCUGGUGCCGGGGAUCGGGCCCUCGGGAGCCGCCACCACCACCACCAUGGGCUCGGGCGGCGCUGGCGGCAGCAGCAGCAGCAGCAGCCCCCCGCCGGGAGGCGAGGUGACCGGCGCCCUGAGCGCUGCCUUCAGCGGCCCCAAGAUCGCUUUCUACGUGGGCCUCAAGAGCCCGCACGAAGGCUACGAGGUGCUCAAGUUCGACGACGUGGUCACCAACCUGGGCAACCACUACGACCCCUCGUCGGGCAAGUUCACCUGCCAGGUGCGCGGCAUCUACUUCUUCACUUACCACAUCCUGAUGCGGGGCGGCGACGGUACCAGCAUGUGGGCCGACCUCUGCAAGAACGGGCAGGUGCGGGCUAGUGCCAUCGCCCAGGAUGCCGACCAGAACUACGACUAUGCUAGCAACAGUGUGGUGCUGCACCUGGACUCAGGGGACGAGGUCUAUGUGAAACUGGAUGGAGGGAAAGCCCACGGAGGCAACAACAAUAAGUACAGCACUUUCUCUGGCUUCCUUUUAUACCCCGAUUGACAAAAACCAAGAACCCAAGUUGUGGCCCGUCGCCUCGUCUUUCCGUCACCACCUUUCCUGGGGGUCUGCUUUGCAGGUCACUUUACGCUUCAUUCUAGACAAACUGUAUGUUUCGUUGGUUGCCGCCUGAAAGAGUGAGGAGCAGCUUCCAGCAUCGGUGUUAUCUCUUCUUAGAUGUCCUAUUGUUCAUUACUCAGUACUAGAGGAGUAGGUCUAAAGAGACUUCACUGGCAGUUAUCCACACCAUGGAUUGAUCCCUGAAGUAAAAUCCAUGCUGUCUCUGGUGAAAACGUCUCUCCAACAUUCAGGGGAUGCUUGUUGUACAGUUAUCUCCAUAAAGUCCCUUAAUCCAGGCUGUCCAUCUAAGGAGAUUUUAAGAAACUGUCUCAGCUUUGUGUCAUUUCAAGCCAUAAGAAUGUGUACCUUUGUUUAAGUAGUCUUGCAUCAAAAUCAAAGCUGAUAGUACAAUAUCAGAUUUUCAUUGGUCUGUUAAGAUUCAAAAUGGAUAAAUGGUACCACACACCAACUCAGGCGGGUAAGCCACCUGUACAAACAAGAGUUUAUUAAACUCGGUAUUUUUGUGAUCUCAGUUGAAUUGUAGACAUGCUUUCUUUCUCUGAAACACCAUUUUAUUGUUGGAAAUAUUUGAAUUCCAACUUCCUAUGAACAAAGCAUGUCCUUUGCUGUUAAGUUACGUUUUCUUAAUAAGACCAAACAAGUGACUAAAAACAAAAUUUCUGUUCACCUCACUCCUAAUCUCCUUUCUGGGGUGUCAGUUUGUUUAAACCCACUCCAGUUCUUAUGUUUGUAUGAAAGAUUCUAAGGCGAAAAGCACAGUACAUAAAGCAGAAUCGAUGAAUCCUAGCACUUUAUUUCUCUUUAGAUGUAUGAGAGGUAGGCAACUAUGCCCCUCCAGAUGUUCUGGGGUGACAACUAUCAGCCAGUAUAGCUAAUUUUGAAGGAUUAUGGGAGCUGUGUGCCCAGCCCUAAGGUAGAGGAUCAUUGCUUUUAUCAACAGUCUAGAAAAUAGCACAGGUUAUAGUGACACUACACUGGCUGUUCCUAUGCUGCUUUGUAUGUAGGGGAUUUGAGUCCAAUCAUUUUGAUUUAUGUCCUAUAAAUAGAUAUAUAUAUUUUCUUUGUUUCUUCCAUCCACCCUUGUGCAAUGCAAUACUUAUGUGGGUGAUGAUGUUUAAAAAAAUUAAUCUCCUGUCUCUAAAGCAAAUGAAUGAGCAAAAGAGGGGGGAGUGUAUUAAAUUAUCUUUUUGACAAUGGUUUUCUAUUGUGUCUCUUUUCUGAUGUUGCAUGUUCUAAGGGAGAACAGCACAAGAGUGUGGAGCAUGGUAUAUUUAACUCUUCAAAACAUGUGUAUCUGUUUUAUGAAAGACGUUUCUUUUAUGGCUGCAACACC